GACGUGAGAAGUAGGUCAAUCGAGGGUGCGGGCAACGGAAUGAGUAUGACCACGAACGCUCGUUUUUGGCAGGCUGUCAAAUUUCUUCGGCAGAGGUGAUCUAAACCACGUGAUCUGGGACUGAGGACACCGUUGUACAUGUCUUUCAAUGGCGCCGUAUAAAACGGUGAGGCCAAAAACGCCUUCAGUGAGACGAGUGACCUGCCAGAAACGAGGAAGAUGGACCCGUCCCUCGCUAGCCUGCCUUAUUUACUGCCAUGGACAGUGCUGAAAGUGGUGGCAACCUUAAGUGCGACAUUUCUAGGUAUUGUGGCCGUUCUUGUUGUGGUCGUCUACUACCGCUGGAGGCGCACGCAUGUGCACUUGAAGCAUCUUCCGGGCAUCGAAGAUGACUGGCCCUUCCUACGGAAUAUUAUCACACACUGGCACAUGAAGAGCAGAGAGAAAGAGCACGAUUUGGAUUACAAUGUCCUCUUCUUCGAGUACUUGAAUGCGGGUUCUCAAAGGAUGAAGCACCUGCCCUACUUCCGGGCCUACAUGGGAGACGUCCCCUAUCUGGUCAUCCACAAGGCGGAAGCUACUGAAGCAAUCUUCGGCAACCCUACCAUGCUGCAGAAAUCAAUUGAGUACACGUGGCUGCAUCCAUGGUUGGGAACAGGCCUCUUGACAAGCACGGGUGCCAAGUGGAAGACGCGCAGGCGAAUGCUGACGCCCGCGUUCCACUUCCGCAUCCUGGAAGACUUCCUGCCCGUCAUGAACGAACACUCGGUAGUGUUCAAGGACUUGCUCAAGCAGCACGUGGGAAAACCCGAUGGUGUGGACAUCGUGCCUUCGGUUGCACGCUGCACCUUGGACGUCAUAUGCGAAACUGCCAUGGGUACAUGUGUCAACGCCCAGCGAUGUUCUGACUCAAAGUACGUCCGCGCUGUGUUGCGGCUUGGUGAGCUCUGGUUCUCACGCGCCACGAAGCCCUGGACUUGGAAUGAUUUUACCUACAGAUUCACCGCCGAUUAUGUGGAGUUUAAUAAUAGCGUGAAUACUGUCCACACGUUCACGAGAAAGGUCAUCAAAGACCGGAAGAAAAUGCUCCUGGAGCUCCAGGCAGCGUCCGACCAAGUCGAUGGUGCAGGCGAGGACGAGUACUUGAACCUUAGCGGUUGUAGAAGGGCCUUCCUGGAUCUGCUGCUAUCCCAGCAUUUCAAGGACCCGUCGUUCACAGAGGAGGACAUAAGAGAGGAAGUCGACACAUUUACUUUUGAGGGUCACGAUACGACAGCUGUGGGAAUCAGCUGGACCCUGUACCUGCUGGGGCUGCAUCAGGACGUGCAGCAGAAGGUGUACGAGGAGCUGGAGGAUAUCUUUGGUGAUGACAGAGACCGAGACGCCACCAUGGAAGACAUCAGGCGAAUGAAGUAUCUUGAAUGUGCCAUCAAGGAGGCACAAAGGCUGUUUCCGUCAGUUCCACUUGUUGGGCGUCUCCUACAAGAAGACUGGACGUAUGAUGGCUACAUUAUACCGAAAGGAACAGUGUGCACAGUCUUCAUAUACGUCCUGCACCGAGACCCUAGGGAAUUUCCGAAACCGGAGGAAUACAUACCGGAGCGGUUCCUACCGGAAAAUUGCGUCGGCCGACAUCCGUUCGCCUACGUGCCUUUUUCUGCCGGCUACAGGAAUUGCAUCGGUCAGAAAUUCGCUUCGAUGGAGAUGAAGACACUUGUGUCCCGCGUGCUGAGGAACUACAAGCUGGAAUCAAUGUACCACAGAGAUAAGGUGCAAGCUGUGGCCGAACUUGUGCUUCGCGCUCGCAAUGGUCUGCGGAUACGCCUCACUCCACGAGAGUACAUGAACAGCUGCUCGGUGGAGCCAAGCAGGGUGGUAUCCUACUCCAGUGAUCGCGAGCUUCAGCCGCGAGGUGCCAUGGAGCCCGUACCACCGGUGUACAAGCCCCUGCUGCACAGCCGAAUCGUUUCGGCCUGCGUAUCCAUAGCGGCGAUCGCGGUGCUCUUCUACUGCGCACGGAUGCUGGCCCGCACGAUUCGUGCCUACGCUUGCCUAUGGAACAUUCCGCAUCCGUACGAGCGCUUUCCUUUCUGCUUGCUCCUGGAUUUGUGGCAACGCGUCGCCUCGAUGGACUCGUCGCUGGAAGUACCAGCCAAGUUAUUCAACUAUUUGGAUUCCGUGUUUUAUCAAAUCCAUGACCAGGACGUUACGGUUGCCUUUUAUGGCCCCAAGCCAUUUCUAAUCGCCGUGACCCCCGACACUGUUGAGCGGGUGCUGUCAAACACCGAGAAUGUAAACAAGUCGUUCCUGUACGCCAUGCUAAAAAGCUGGGUAGGCAACGGCCUGUUGACAAGCGAGAAGUUGAUAUGGAAGAAACGCCGAAAGGUGCUGACACCGGCGUUCCACUUUCGUAUACUCGACGAGUACGUGCCCAUUAUGAACCGAAGGGCGGCCCUGCUGUGCGACAAGAUGGCCGCGCUGGGACGGGACCACUUCGACGUGCUUCCAGUCAUGAGGCUUGCGACAUUCGGCAUUCUCUUCGAGACUGCUAUGGGAAUAAAGCUUGAUGAAGAGGAUGUCCAGAGAACCGGAUUCCUGAAGGUGAACGACGAAAUUGCUACGGCUAUCGUUACUAGGAUGAUGAAUAUACACCACUGGCCGGAAUUCAUUUACAAGCGCACCGAGGUUGGCAGACAGUUUUAUGAGAAAGUGGAGCUGAUAAAGAAAUACACUCGAAAUAUCCUCAGCUGCCGGAAGAAGACCUACAAGUUUGAUGGCGACGAGGCUGGGCAGAAGAAGAGUUUCAUGGACAUCCUUCUUCGUAUGCACAUGGAGGAAGGAAUCUUCACGGAGGAGGAAAUAAGAGAGGAGGUCAACACGUUCAUGAUUGGGGGAUUUGACACAACGGCCACCGCAGCUUCUUUUGCUAUGCAUCUACUGGGAAACCACCCGGAGGCUCAGGCGAAGGUUCACGAAGAACUAGACGCCGUGUUUGGUUCGGACCGAGAACGACCUGUAACCAGAGAGGACAUUGCGCAGCUCAAGUAUUUGGACUGCGUCAUCAAGGAAACCCUUCGGCUUUACCCACCGAUUCCGGCUAUUGCAAGGAAGCUCGGAGAAGACCUCAUUCUUGGAAAGCAUACCAUACCGAAGGGAACUGUCUCAGUUAUCUUCAUAUACUUCAUGCAUAGGCACCCACGGUUUGUCCCCAAACCAAAUGAGUUUAUACCAGAGAGGUUCCUAGAGUUUGACAAGGAGCGCCACCCGUUUCUCUACAUUCCUUUCGCCGGCGGCGCUCGCAACUGCAUAGGGCAAAAAUUUGCUCAGCUAGAGGACAAGAUUCUGUUGGCUCAGAUUCUGAGACGGUUCAAGGUGGAAUCGAAGACCCGUAACGAAGACCUGCAGCUGUCGCUGGAGCUCGUCUUGCGUCCCACACAAGGCCUGCACAUAAAGCUGACGCCAAGGGAUCACGCGGUCACGUAAACCGGAAGGCAGCCGUUGUAGUGCUGCACUAAAUUUAUUAUCGCACGCAUAGUCAAUGUCACUAUAACUGCAUCUUGCAGGAGCGAAGCAGUAGCAUCGAUCUUUCUAUUCCGCGCAAGUGGAUUGCGUGGACAGAAAGCUCUUACGCGUGCUGCUGGCCGUUGUAUAUAUGUACAGUACGUCAAAUAAUUUUAUUGAAUAAAGUUCCUCGAAACAAUGUU